GAGCGACAGCGAGCCAGAGACGGAGAGGGAGAGGGGGGGGGGAUGGAAGGAGCUGUAUGGGGCUGUGAUAGUCUCUCCUCCUGGAUGCUGCCUUUUCCCUUCAUGGCGUUGUCCCUCCUUUGUACGGUCACCCUGUGUCCCCAGGAGCAGGCACUGGCACACGGACCAGCACUCAGCCACGGAGCCGGGGAUGAAUCAGCCCCAACAAAGAGCCUUUGAGAUGGCAGCGUGUGCUUCUGCCUGGAGGGAGGAACGCAUCAGGUUUUCCCAGGCAAGCGGCAGCCUGCAGUGUGCGCUUGCUUGAAAGCCAGCACUCCUCGUCGUUGUAUGAGAGAGAGAGAGAGAGGGAGGGCAUCUAUGUCCAUGUGAGUGUAUGCGUGUGAAUGAGAGUGUAUAAUAGUGUAUGUGAGUGUGUGUGUGCGCACUCCCGCUUCCAAUCCUUCCUGAAGGAGAGAGGCUCUCCUCUUCACUAGACGGCAAGGGUCAUUUUGAAUCAGGCAAGCUGUCGCCCUCGAGGACCUGAGGAUGUUCCGCAAGAAGAAAAAGAAGAGGCCUGAGAUAUCAGCGCCCAAGAACUUUGAGCACCGUGUCCACACCUCAUUUGACUGCAAGCGUGGCUGCUUUGUGGGCCUGCCGACGCAAUGGCAGAGCCUGAUAGAGAACCUGCGCAGACCCAAACCCAUGGUGGACCCUUCUAGGAUCACAGAGGUGGAGCUGAGGCCAAAGAAGACCAUUGUGCGGGGGAGCAUGAUCGGUCACGGAGACUACAUCGCAGCCAUGAUCAAUGAUAUGAACCGUCUGUCUGUGACCAGUUCUAACUCUUUGAGGAAGAGCAGCCCCUCAGCCAGGAAGAGGGCCCAGUCACUGGGAAGGCUGGGGGAAGUGAACGAGGGAGACACUUACCAGUACGAGGGCCUGACCCAAGAUGAUGAUGAAGACUACGAGGAUGCGGGUCAAGACCAGUGGAGGGACAGGGCCAGGAACAUCCACAGUGAAACCAACACCCCCUACUUGGGCAUGAAAAGGAGCAUCACUCUGCAUCCAAAUGGGAUCUUACCAAAGGCCAAGUCUACAUAUGAAGUCAGCGUCAGCUCUCUGGAAGGACCCUCGCAACCGGUUCCGUCGCAGAACAUCCCGGUGCUGAGUCACGGAGCUUAUAUGAGCGGUGAGGUGGGCAGCCCUCAGGAGAGAGUGAUAUGGAAGAGAGAGUUCCAGCUUCCCAGGGGAGUGCCACCAAAUCAGAGACCUAUGGCUUGUUUUUACAGCCCAGCUAUGACUGUACAGCAGCCUCAUAGCGAUCAAGCGACAGUCAUCACGGAGUUUCGGCCCAACGUACCGAUGUACAUGCACCCCCAGAACAGCCCCGGGAGGCCGUUCUCCUCUUAUGACCUGAAAGCAGAGUCGGCAGUGAGGUACCUCUCCGGCUUCCUGCCCACUGGCAACAGCAGUCCUCUUGUCGGCGGCAUCAGACCUCAGCGAACUGUGCGCUCCUCGGCUAGCUACACGCUGGGACUGUCUCCUAACAUGGGGCUGAGGCCCAAUGGGCCUGACCCCUUCCUCAGACACUCUGGAUGCCUCAAUCCUCCCUACCCCCGGCAAGACAGCCCUUCCCAGCCUCGACCCUCCCCUACAGGCUCACUAGCCACCAGUCCUCCAGGCACAUGCUCCCCUGCUUUCAGGCCCCCACAACAUCCUUCACCCAGACCACCACCAGACCCACCAAAGGUGACCCAUGAACAGUUUAAGGCGGCCCUGCAGAUGGUGGUAGACAAGGGUGAUCCACGGUCCUACCUGGAAAACUUUGUGAAGAUUGGGGAGGGCUCAACUGGGGUAGUGUGUAUCGCUACAGAGAAGCACAGCGGCAGGCAGGUGGCGGUGAAGAUGAUGGACUUGCGGCGGCAGCAGAGGAGAGAGUUGCUCUUUAAUGAGGUGGUCAUCAUGAGGGACUAUCAGCACAGAAAUGUGGUGGAGAUGUUUAAGUCAGCCCUGGUGGAGGAGGAGCUGUGGGUUAUCAUGGAGUACCUGCAAGGUGGAGCACUGACCAACAUUGUGUCUGAAACUAGGCUGAGUGAAGAGCAGAUUGCCACAGUGUGUGAAGCUGUUCUGCAAGCCCUGGCCUAUCUGCAUUCACAGGGAGUCAUCCACAGAGACAUCAAGAGCGAUUCUAUACUACUCACAUUAGACGGAAGGGUCAAGCUGUCAGACUUUGGCUUCUGUGCUCAGAUCAGCAAGGACAUCCCUAAAAGGAAAUCUUUAGUGGGAACACCCUAUUGGAUGGCUCCCGAGGUCAUCUCCAAAUCACCAUAUGGCACUGAGGUGGAUGUUUGGUCGAUGGGUAUCAUGGUGGUGGAGAUGGUGGAUGGAGAGCCCCCGUACUUCAGUGAAACCCCUGUAGCAGCUAUGAAGAGAUUGAGGGAUGAGCUGGCUCCUACUGUGCGAAAUGUCAGCCAGAUCUCCCCCGUUCUAAAGGACUUCCUGGACCGUAUGCUGACUCGGGACCCCUUUGAGCGGGCCACCGCCACUGACUUGCUGGAGCACCCCUUCCUGCUGCAGAGCGGCUCACCUCAGUGCCUGGUUCCACUGGUGGAGCAGUACCGCAAGCGCAUGUCCCGUUGCUGACCCCGUGGGGCUCCCGCUACCCAACACCCACCUUCAGUCUGACCUGAACAGGCGAGGACCAGCACCGGGGUCCAACUCUAGCACCCUAGCCAACGGGAGAUCAGCUCCAGGGAAAGUAGACCCAGACAGCAUGUUGCUGCCAGAGUGAUGGUGGCAGGAUGGCAAGUUUGGUUGACAGACACCGCAUGGUCUCAGGCAUGAGAGAAGCACUUUAGGAGUGAGAUAAAGGCAGCAUGCAGUUCCUCACCUCUCAACCGAAUAUUGAUUAGCUUACUGUUACAUUCAGUGGGAUUCAACGCAACACAACAUGGUGCAUAUCAGCUGAGAGCAAAAAUCAAUAUUCCAUGUAACUAUAUGUAAUGAACAUGCACUACUCUAAAGAUCCUUUCUAGUGUUCAUAGUGGGCAUUAUUGCUAGCAGUGUAAAGCUUAUGAAGCUGUUAGGCUCCACACCACAGUAGCUCAUUGUGACAUUAUUAAGGAAGAAUGAAGUUACCUCUGCACACUCACACUCUCUGUUGUGGAAACAUGACAACAACCUGGUCAGUACACUCUACAAACACUGACGGUAGACUAUUUGCUUGGCCAAAUGGAGGCACACCUGGCCUGAUGUGAAUGCUUGAAUAUGUACCAAACUGGGACGUGAAAGACAAUUCUCCGUUAUUAGCAUAAUAAAUGGGUAGAUGAAAGCCCAGCUGCUACUAUUGGGCUAUUGGAACAUCACCAGUACCAUAUUUCUCUUUUUCAUAUUUAUUCUUUAUUUCCAAAAGGUGUCGUGGGUUGUUUGUAUGAUGUGAAUUGCAAAUAAGGUUUCAUUAUUAAGUAUGGACUUGAAACAUACGCAGAUAAAUUAAUAAUGUAAAUACAAAUACUGAAUAUUAGGUCAUUGUACCUGCUGAUCUACUGCAGUAAAUUAUAUGAGAUGAAUUUAAAAUUCUACUUUUCUUUACUGAAAUGUGAGUGUACAGUUGUAUGUAUGUGUGCAUGUGUGUGUGUGAGCACAUGAGCACAUGGAUGUGUGUGAGGGGACAUCUCAGUGUUUGCUUCUGAUACAACCCUCUUUGUAUUGUGACGGACUUUUUAAAAAUCACAAGACGUGUGUGUUGCUCCUCCAGAAGAUGUGUAUGACUGUAUUUGCAUUUGUUUGCCUAGAUAAAGCACACAGGCCUGGCAUGUGAUGCUGCAGGACGUUCACCUGCUGAGAGACACUUUGCACAUAGUCUUUGUAUUCUGACACGGAUACAUGUUGACGUGUUUCAUGUAUUUCUAUCUCUGUGGAUCAUACAUGAAAAAGAGAAUUACACAUUUUAAUUUUGUAUAAAUCAAUAAAUGAUGCAUAUUGAUUCGGAAUUCAUAUUAUCCUGCAUUUUCCAUCACUCACACUCACUCACACACAUACAUACGCAUGCAUGAACACUGGUGUUUUCAAGUAUUUAUUAGGUAUUCAGCUUGAAUCCUACAGUACACAAUCAGUGAAUAUGUUUAAGCAAAAUACAUACACUAUUUCUUAUAAACACAUAAGCAAUAUCAAAUACAUUUAAUUCCAGACAAUAUAAAUCAUAUAUAUAUACAUAUGUGAAACAAAAAUAAUAAUUUUCAGUGACUCACAGACUGAUGAUCUCUUAAUUUAUAAAUUAUUUAAAAUAUAGAUUAGCAAAAUUGUAUGUAUGCAAUUGAACACUUAGCUUUAAAACCUCUUGAUUUUAUUGAUAAACACUGAAAAAAUGAAUGAACUGCAACAUAAGCAAAAGAUUAGUAUUUCCUCUGAAUUAAUAAAACAUAUCACCAAGCAA